AUGAGUGAACACCAAAUUGAAGCAUCCUCCUCCAUCGUCUCGAGUGCAAGUUCGGAAAGUCACUCCGGCACUUCAUGUAUGGAACUAUCCUUGCUAGAUAAAUCACCUAAUGAGAUGACUCGUGAAGAACUUGUAAAAAUUGCAACACUCUAUCAACAGGAAAAACGUAUGGCGAACAAAGAGUCUCGAAAUUUGUCCUCCGAUGAUGGAAAUAAAAAGAAUGGAAAAGAAAAAACAAAGAAGAAGAAGAAGGAAAAGAAUGAAAUGGAUUGGUCCAAACAACACAUGGAAUAUAUUGCAUUAAAGGUUGCCUAUCUCGGGUUUAAUUAUCAAGGUCUUGCACGACAAGCACACAAUACCAAUACGAUUGAAUAUCAUUUAUUUGAAGCAUUGAAAAAGGUAAAACUGAUAGAAAGCGAAGAAAAGAGCGAAUAUACAAGAUGUGGACGUACGGAUAAGGGAGUCUCUGCAUUGUGUCAAGUAAUUUCAUUUUAUGGGAGAGCCAGUAAGGACCCGAGCAAGAGUUUUGAUUACGUGAAAAUGUUAAAUAAUUCAUUACCAGAGGAUAUUAGAGUGUUGGCAUGGUGCCCUGUGACCAAAGACUUUGAUGCUCGAUUUGGGUGCAUUCAACGAACAUACAAGUACUUUUUCAUCAAACAAAAUCUGAAUAUCGACAAGAUGAGAGAAGCAGCUUUAAAAUUCAUUGGAGAUCAUGACUUUAGAAAUUUCUGUAAAAUUAAUGCUGAGGAUGUUUCGAAUUUUAGAAGAAAAAUCUUAAACGUAGAAAUUGUGAAAUCAGAUUUGUUUCACCAACAACAUGGAAGUGACAACUAUUAUGACAUGUAUGAAAUUGUUGUUUGUGGAUAUUCAUUUUUGUGGCACCAAAUUCGAUGUAUGGCAGCUGUUCUCUUUUUAAUUGGAGAAGGAAAAGAAGAACCUAGUAUUAUUUCAGAUUUACUUGACAUUGAAACAAACAAGGCACGUCCUCAGUACCCAAUUGCCUCUGAGUAUCCUCUAGUGUUGUAUGAUUGUGUGUUCGAGGACUUGAAAUGGAUACAUAGCAAUGUAGAUACUCCAACUGAGGUGGCUUCUCACUUUUUUGAAAUGUGGAAACAUUGUGCAAUCAAGACGUCCAUGUAUAACAUUUUCUAUCAAGCUUCAAACAAUACAUUGGUGGAUCGAUCCAAGUUGGAGAGAGACUUUACAAAUCAAGAAGGAGAAAAGGAGAGUAAAUACAUGACACUGAGAAAAGCUCUCACCAUACGACCUCCCAAAGAGAGAGGACCCAAAUAUGUGCGGUUGAUGGAUAGACCUACCGCUUUUUCUUACGAGGAAUGUUUGGAAAGUUUACAAAAGAAAAAGAAGAAGUAG